AUGGCCGCGCGGGACCGAGGGCCGGCCGCCGGGUGCGUGCCCGCCGCCAUGCGGGCCGGGCGCAGGCUCUGGGAGGGGCGGGGCCUGCGGGGCGAGCCCACGGCGGCAGGGGGGCGUCCACGCGGCCCCGGCUGCGCCCCCCGCCGCUGCAGCCCCGGAGGCGUGGCGCACGCUCACUCACGCGCACUCACUCUCCCCCGACUGGCGCGAGACGCCCCGCUCCGAGGCUUUGGGGGACCCCGGGGCUUCCGGAACGGGGCGCCACGCCCCCCCCGUCGGCGCGAAUGGUUCGGGCCGCGCCGCCCCGCCUCCGCCGGUUGUGUUGGACGCGCGCGCCGAGCGCACGUCGCUAGGGCCGGGCUGCCCCGGGGAGGUGUCCGCGAGCUGGGCCCGGGGCCGGGGCGGCUGGAGCUGCCGAGGGUCCUGGGCUCCGGGGCGUCUGGGCUGCAGAGAACCUGGGAUCUCGGGUGCACCGCGCGCCCCCGCGGAGGAGUCCGGACCCGGUGGGGAGGGGGCGCCGAAUUUUGCAUCCUACGUCCUGGAGCCCAAAUGCUCAGGGAGCCCUGGAGGCAGGGCCUGGCGGGCAGGGCACAUCCGCUGUCACCUGGGACCCCAAGCAGCAUGAAGACCCCUGUGGAGCUGGCCGUCAGUGGGAUGCAGACACUCCACCUUAGGCACCGCUGCCGGGUCAAGGCCAGGCCGUCAUAUGUGGACGAGACUCUGUUUGGCAGCCCUGCGGGCACCCGGCCCGCCCCACCAGACUUUGACCCACCCUGGGUGGAGAAGGCCGACAGAACCCGAGGAGUGGGCACAGGGAUAUCACGGGCCUCGGCGGCCAACGGGAGCUGUGAGACCGCCUCCUCCAGGGGCAGCACCCCGACCCUUACACCGAGGAGGAAGAACAAAUACAGACUGAUCGGCCACACUCCUUCUUACUGCGAUGAGUCGCUGUUUGGCUCCCGACCUGAGAGCACCAGCCGGGAGGCCCCGUGGACGGCGAAGGGGCAUGCUGCAAAAGUUCACGCCCUCUUCUGGACACCCCCAGCCACCCCUAGGGGCAGCCACUCGCCCCGCCCCAGGGAGACCCCACUGCGAGCUGUUCCCCCAGCUGGUCCCUCCAAGGCCGGGCCCGGGGUGGCGGCAGACUCCCAGAAGUUGUCCUUGGAUGGGUUGGACCCUCCACGCCCUCUGAGGCGGGAGCUUGCCCAUUCUCUCACCCACCUGAAUGUCCCCAGCACUGGUCGCCCAUCCGCCGGUGCCCCCCAUGCAAAUGGGCCUCGGGAUCCCAGGCCUUCCCCGUCGGGGGUGACCUUCCGGAGCCCCCUGGUGACUCCCAGGGCUCAUUCGGUCAGUGUUUCAGUGCCAGCUGCCCCCCGACGAGGUGGGGUCGCUCAGAAGCCAAAGCCCCCCUGGAAGUGAGUGUCUUGGUCCCUUCAUCAGGUUUGCCCACGGGGUCACAGCGAGGGGCAGGGUUUCAGAGGAUGGCCCUGGCGGGGGCCUCUGGGGAAGCCAGUGUGCUAGGUAAGCGCCAGGCAUUGGAGAAACACGGGGCUGUCAGCAAGGGUGGGCAGACAAUCUCUAGUUGCUCCUUGCCCCCCGACCCCUGUGUGGACUUGAGGGCCACCCCUUAAACGCCACAACCACACGCCGUAUCAGUGCCAACCCAGGGCCGCCCCCAAAGGGGCUGUCCACCUCCCCCAUCACCCCCACAACGUCAUCUUGCCGCCAAGUGUAGCUGAUGCUGUGAUCGCCAGCCUGGAGGCUGUCCUGCCUCCCUCCCAGCCAAGCUUCCUGCCCAGGACCAGGGUCCAGCUGAGUCUGGCGGCCGCAGGGGUUUUCCCAGGCCCAGCAUGUGGACCACGGGGACACAAGGAUCUGGGUGAUGUGUGGGUGGACGUGUUUUCCUUUUAAUAGUUAAUGUAUUUAUUUUCGUAUAUUAAAUUCAUGAGUAGCUGCUUGAAGCCAUGACCUUUCCUA